GGCCCCGCAGGGUGCCUCAUUUUGCAAAGAGAGAGGCUCCUGAUCAGACACGGGUCAAGUCGCUGGCAAAGACCUCGCAGAGCUGGAGAUGGCAGACGGGCCCAGCCAGGAGGAAAAUGGCUUGAAAAGCCACACGAUCCGCGUGGGAACCAGGAAGAGCCAGCUGGCCCGGAUCCAGACGGACAGCGUGGUGCAGAUGCUGCAGGAGCGCCACCCCCACCUCUGCUUCGAGAUUGUUGCCAUGUCGACCACUGGAGACCGGAUCCUGGACACAGCUCUCUCCAAGAUUGGAGAGAAGAGCCUCUUUACCAAGGAGCUGGAAAAUGCCCUGGAGAGAAACGAGGUUGACCUGGUGGUUCACUCGCUGAAGGACCUGCCCACGACCCUGCCCCCAGGAUUCACCAUUGGUGCCGUCUGCAAGAGAGAGAACCCCCAUGAUGCCGUCGUCUUUCACCCCAAGUACUCUGGGAAAACUCUCGACAGCCUCCCUGACAAGAGUGUGGUCGGCACCAGCUCCCUUCGUCGAGCAGCUCAACUGAAGAGGAAGUUUCCUCAGCUGGAAUUCAGGGAUAUUAGAGGGAAUUUGAACACACGCUUGAGGAAGCUGGAUGAGAAGGAAGACUUCAGUGCCAUUAUCCUGGCUGCUGCGGGCUUGAGGCGGAUGGGCUGGGACAGCCGCAUUGGCCAGAUUCUGAGCCCCGCAGACUGCUUGUAUGCCGUUGGGCAGGGCGCCUUGGCAGUAGAGGUGAGAGCCAAAGACCAGGAGAUCCUGGAGCUGGUGUCCAUCUUGCACGACACGGAGACUGGGCUGCGCUGCAUUGCCGAGAGGGCUUUCAUGAAACGCUUGGAAGGUGGCUGCAGCGUCCCAGUGGCAGUGAGCAGCAUGGUGAAGGAUUCACAGCUGUAUUUGACUGGAGCGGUCUACAGCCUGGAUGGAGCAGAGAGCCUCCAGGAGACCAUGCAAACCUGCCUGGAUUUCCCACAGGAGGACACAGACGGGCCCAACGAUGAUACGCAGCAUGUGGGCAUCAGCACCAAGACUGCCCCUCACCAGGCUCAGCAGGCAGCCGAGAAGCUGGGCAUGGGACUGGCGGAACUGCUGCUCAGCCAAGGAGCCGGGCAGAUCCUCACGGUGGCCAGGCAGCUCAACGAGGCCAGAGAACCAGCA